AUGAGAACUUCUAUUGCUGCCCAUGAAAGACAGACAGCUACUCUGUGGUUUUUUGCAAUGGGUCGAUACUACGAAUGUCUCAAAUAUUCUACUAUAAUAUCACCCCAAGAUCUUGGGAAAAUAGUUCCAGAGAUAUGUGACACCAUCUGCAAUGUGCUGAAAGGAAUGUUUGUUCAGUUUCCUGACUCCGCUGAGGAAUGGAAAGUUGUUACUAAAACAUUUGAAGACAGAUGGAAUUUCCCACAUUGCCUUGGUGUCAUUGAUGGUAAACAUGUAGACACAGUUCCCCCAGCGAAUUCCGGAUCUUUUUACUUCAACUACAAAGGCAGACACAGUGUGGUACUUCUUACAAUAGUGGACGCUAACCAUCGGUUCCUUUUAGUGGAUUUUGGAUCUAAUGGACGUGUUUCUGACGGAGGUGUUCUUCAGAGCUACCCGUGGCUAGUCAGUGGGUGCGCAGUGAGCCGCGCCGCGCCACGUCACCUAGAGGAAGAAGUUCCCAUCACCGCCGGCGUUAUAAUGGAUAGCAGGGAGCUGGCCCCAGACGCUUUGUAA